AUGUCUCUUCCUUGGAAACGUUUGAUCCGCUUUCGCGCCCUCGAUGGCCGCAUCCUGCGCGGCGAGCCCAUCUUGCCCGCGGAGAGCACGAUCAAUCUUGGACUGGUCACCGAAGCCGAUCAGCUGCAAGCCAGCAUCAUCCAAGGCCAGGAUAUCUACGAUACGACGGGCAAGACCAAGGUGACGGAUGAGGUUGUGACUGUGAAACAAAUCCUCUCCCCGCUCGCCCCCAGUGAUGUACCCAUUCCACGCUGCGUGGGCCUCAACUACGCCAAACACAUCAAGGAAGUCGGACGCAAGCCCCCACCCUUCCCCUUCAUCUUCUUCAAGCCCAACACCUGCGUGAAUGACCACGGCGAGCCCGUCGUGAUCCCGCGGAUCGCGCAGGACGACCAAGCGGACUACGAGGGCGAAUUAGUUUGUCUCACCGCAUCCUCUCCCUUUAUCCGCGAUCUCCUAACCGGGCUGCAGUGUCUCGUUAUCGGCAAGGACGCCAAGGAUGUCCCCGUUGAGCGUGCCCUCGAGUACGUGGCGGCGUACACGGCCGGCAAUGACAUUUCCUCCCGGAAGUUGCAGCGCGAUCCCGCCUACGCCGGUACCGUCCCCCAGUGGGGCUUCUCGAAAGGCUUCCACACCUUCGCGCCCCUGGGCCCCGUGCUGGUCGCGGCAUCGGAGAUCCCCGAUCCGUCGUAG